AUGUUCUCUCUCAACAUCACUGAGGCUCAGAUUUCUACCUUUUUCCUCAUUGGGAUGCCAGGAAUGGAACAUGAGCACAUCUGGAUAGCCAUUCCCAUCUGCCUCAUGUAUAUCAUUGCCAUAGUGGGAAACUCUACCAUCCUCCUCAUUAUCAAGACAGAACCUUCUCUCCAUGAACCCAUGUAUUAUUUUCUCUCCAUGCUGGCUUUCUCAGAUCUUUGCCUGUCUUUCUCUUCCUUGCCAACCAUGCUGAGAAUCUUCUUGUUCAACAGUCCAGGAAUCUCUGUUGAUGCUUGCAUUGCCCAGGAAUUCUUCAUCCAUACCUUCACUGCCAUGGAAUCCUCUGUACUUGUUGUCAUGUCCUUUGAUCGUUUCAUAGCCAUCCGUAAUCCCCUAAGGUAUAGCUCCAUUCUGACCAGUGUCAGAGUCAUGCAAAUUGGAUUGUUCUUUGCCAUUGCCUGUUUUGCAUUUAUAAUGCCAUUCCCUAUCACUCUAAAAAGGCUGAGAUUUUGUAAGGAAAAUCUGCUCUCUCAUUCUUAUUGUUUGCAUCAGGAUGUAAUGAGAUUGGCCUGUUCUGAUAACAGAGUCAAUGUCAUCUAUGGCUUCUUCGUUGCUCUUUUAGGAAUGCUGAAUUUAGUAUUGAUUUUGUUGUCCUAUAUAAUGAUCCUGAAGACUGUUUUAGGCAUUGCUUCUCAACAAGAGCAAUUAAAGGCCUUCAACACCUGUGUUUCCCACAUCUGUGCUGUACUUAUUUUCUAUGUUCCUGUUGUGACUUUAGCUAUUGUUCAUCGGUUUGCCAAACAUGGGUCACCAUUAAUUAGGAUCCUGAUUGCUGAUGUCUAUAUUUUGGUUCCUCCACUGAUGAAUCCUAUUGUGUACUGUGUGAAGACUCGUCAAAUCAGAGAGAAGGUCCUUGGAAAACUGGGUCUGAAGAAGGUCUGA